AUGCUGUCGGGUCAAAGAACAAACGGCGGCAAUAUGCACGAUUACGAUGAUGAUGUUGACGACGAAGUUCUCGCUUCAACCAUUGUUGAAGCCCUUCAGGACGAUGGCGAAUACGAUGAUAUAGAACCAAGGUCUGGCAGCCUCCAGCUUUCGGGGGACGAUAUUCAACAGCGGCUAGCAUCUGCCGCUCAACCUUUGGAAUUUCAGGCGACGCUAGGCGCCCGAUUUGCAAGCUAUGACAACUACUGCAGUCUCUUUCACUUCAUUCUAAACUCUGAUGGACCGGUGGAUCUCGAGCUUCCAACUUACUACUGGGCUUGGGAUGUUAUCGAUGAAUUCAUCUACCAGUUCAACAGCUUCUGUAUCCACCGCAACAACGUCGCAAGGAAGGGACAGAAUGAGGAGGAGAAGCAGCUGUUACGAGACAACCCACAGACAUGGGGAUGCUACAGUGUUCUCAACGUCCUUUACUCGCUAAUCCAGCGUUCCCAAAUGAAUGAGCAGCUCGCUGCUAUCAAGAGAGGAGAGGAUCCAAACGAAGUUGCCGGUGAAUAUGGUUCUCGCCAACUUUAUAGGAUGUUGGGAUACUUCAGUAUCAUCGGGCUUCUCCGUGUGCACUGUCUUCUUGGCGACUUCACACUUGCCCUGAAGACUUUGGAUGAUAUCGAGUUGAACAAGAAAGCAGUUUUCGCCAGAGUUAUGGCUGCUCACUUCACAACAUACUACUAUGUUGGUUUCAGCUACAUGAUGAUGCGCCGCUAUGCCGACGCUAUCAAGGCAUUCUCUCACAUCCUUGUCUAUGUUUCCCGGACCAAGAACCUGGGGAAGAAUGCCCAAUUCGACUCUAUUACCAAGAAGAACGAUCAGAUGUAUGCUCUAAUUGCUAUCUGCGUUGCUCUCUGCCCGACUCGUCUUGACGAUACCAUCCACGCUACUCUUCGUGAGAAAUACGGCGACCAGUUCCAGCGUAUGCAACGUGGAGGUCUUGACACUCUUCCCAUUUUCGAGCAGCUCUUCAAUUCUGCCUGCCCCAAGUUUAUUUCUCCUAUCCCCCCAGAUUUCGACAAGCCAGAGAACAAUAUCGACCCUGCGCAGCACCAUCUUGCGUGCUUUAUGUCUGAUGUUAAGAAUGCCAUGCUUGGACCAACUCUGAAGAGCUUCCUCAAGCUUUACACAACCCAGGACUUGCAUAAGCUUGCAGGUCUCAUUGAUCUCAAGCCGGAGGAUCUUAGGAGGCAGUUACUUGUUUACAAGCAGAGGAGCAGGCAGACUAGGUGGAGCGAAGGUGGACUUUUAGAAGGUGACAUCGUCAAUACUUCGGACCUGGACUUUGCUCUUGAAGGGGACUUGAUCCACAUCUCCGAGGCUAAAACUGGACGAAAACUUGUAGACUGGUACCUAAGGAACCUUGCCAGAACUUACUAG